AUGCUCGCCACAAUCCUUCCUGUUCUCUUAUUGAUGUUCGGUCUUUGGGGGCCACCAAAGCUAUGGCACACGAUACGAGACAUGAUUCAGGGUCCCAAGAAACACCACGGCUAUUUUUCUCUCGAGCAGGCGACUUACUCUUACGCUCAAUACCGCUCGAUGGCCCUCGCCGAAGUCAAUGACAUGCACAGGUCCUAUGUUAAGCUGUCCAGGACCCACAAACGCAUUGGGUACGACCUCGGCUACCCCGCCAAGCUCCGCAGGCUCGAGGAACUAACGAUUCUUAACGCCCUCGUCACCCUGAACAUCGCACAUCUCGCACUCAGUGAGCGUCCUGGGCUCGCUGAGACCAACAGCGGUGACCUUGGCCGCGUCCGGGAGACCCUCAAACACUUUGUACGCGAUUGGAGCUCCGAGGGCGCGAAAGAACGCGGUACGACCCUCGAGCCUAUCCUUGAUGCACUUUGCCUCGUGUCGCCCGAACGCCGCGCUGGCAUGCGCGUCCUUGUGCCCGGCGCAGGUCUCGGCCGGCUUGUCUGGGAGAUCUCACAGCUUGGCUAUGACACGACGGCCAACGAGCUGUCGUCCUUCAUGACGCUCGCGUUCCGCUUCCUGCUGUCUCCGUCGACAACGCAGAGAGCGGAACAGCACACGAUAUAUCCGUACGCGUACUGGUUCUCGCAUCAGCGGAGCAGCGAGUCGCUCUUCCGCCCCGUGUCCUUCCCCGACACCGUCCCCCGCCUUGGCGACCGCCUGCACCUUGUCGAGGGCGAUUUCCUGACCCACAGCAGAAACUACGACAUCAUCGUCACCCUCUUCUUCAUCGACACGUCACUCAACGUAAUAUCAACGCUGGAGCAUAUUUACGAGCUCCUCCUCCCCGGGGGCACGUGGAUCAAUCUGGGCCCGCUUCUCUGGCCUGGCGGUGCGCAAGCACGCGUCGAACUCAGUCUGGACGAGAUACUGCAGCUCGCUAAGAUGAUUGGCUUCGAGAUCGAGGGUGAAGAUGGUGGAACAAUCGAGGCGGAUGCACUCCGAACACGGUCUGUUCGGUGCGAGUAUACAGGCGACAGACAUGCGAUGAUGAAGUACAUGUAUGACUCAGAGUUCUGGGUCGCGCGCAAACCAAAAUGA